GUGUUAUUGAGAGGACAGGGAAGUAUGGUUUUCCUUUAUUAUGAUAUUUUGAACUUAAAUUGCCCUUUUUUGUCUAGCAAUGCUUUUAGUUCUGAUAAACCUGAGGUAAUAGCAAAUUUUCUUUAUCACAGAUUGAAACCUGCAGUCUUAACGGCAGCUGCGAUGUCUUGUCACAGAGUCUAAAGAUUUUAGACUAAUCAAUACUGAAAAUCACAACAAAAUCAAGACAGUGGGCAAAAUUUGGAAUUGCAAGUAACUCAGAAUAAAAUGUAUCCUACAGAAUUAGUCUUUGAAGAAGAUGUAUGAACUGGAAGAAUCACAAGUUUGACUUUGAGGUUCUUUAUGAGCCAAUGGUGCUGACAGUUAAACACAUUGCUUUUUCAUUGUGUAAAGAGAAAAUACAAAGAGGGCAAGUGGGUGAGUGGGCCAAAACCAAGUCUUUGUAUGCUGAGGUAUUGGCAAUGUAUCAAAUACUGGAAUGGAUUCUGGAGUUAUGCUGUGGUGCCGGUGUCACCUGAACCACACAUCCCAUAGGCAGCCGAGGAUGCCUGUGAGGAUUUUCCGUUCGUGCCUCUCUCCAAGCGCAGAGCUUUGCCCGCCUGAGGUACGGCCCGGCCGAGCGCUGGAAGAGCCACGGACUGCACCGGGCUCGGGACGGGGAGAAGGGGAAGGCGGCGGCGGAGGAGGCGGCGGCGGAGGAGGCGGUGGCAGCCACCCCCCCGACCGCCACCCCGUGGCCGCGAAGGGCUGCGGGCCAUACCUGUGCCCCGCGGCGCCCCGGCUCGCCCCGCCCCGGUCCCUCCCGCUCCUGGCGGCGGGGCGGGCCCGCAGCGCCGCUAUUUGA